CUUUCUCUGGACGCAUGAUCCUGUUCAACACCGAAUGAGAGGCAGAGCUCAGAAAUGCUGUCAGCUUCACAAGUUUUCUGUUAUUUUGUUUAUUUAGUCAUUUAGGUUUAUGUUAACAGCUCAGAGUUGCUCGUUAUUAGUGUUUUGUCCAGCAUGGUGUAUGUUUGACGAGUCGUAGCAGGUUAAUGCAGGAGUCUGAGAGGGACACUGAAGCAGCACCUCAUUGUCAUGGACUUCCCGCCAAGCAAGAGACUGAAAGGUCAUCAGGUGUCAGCCGGACCCGACCCGUUUGAUGAUGACAUCGAUUUCACCCAGGAUGACCUGGACCAGAUUGACAUCAUUGCAUCCCAGGCCGUCACAGGAGACGUCCAGAACAGUGGGUCAAAGAGAACGCUUGGUCCUGUGUUCGCUUGCGCUGAUGAGCAAAGCAAAGCACCUGUGAGAUCAGGCCGAAAAACAUUUGCCAUCGGAGACGGCUGCAGCAAUAGCACAUAUAACAAUAAAGAACCUCCAAGAAAGGAUGUGUUUGCAGAUGGUCAUUCCAGUAAAGAUGGAGAAGAUCUGUACUACAAGCAAUUAGAGGAACAGCAAGCAGACCUGAAGAAAAAGCUGAAGGAGGUCGAGGAGGAGAUCCUGAUGAAGAACGGAGAGAUCCGAGUCUUGCGGGACUCCCUGAAACUGGCCAAUCAGGAGAAGGAACAGCAGCGGCAGACCCAACUCGCCCUGGAGAAAGAGAAAGCUCAGGCUCAGAGCGAACGGGAGAAGGAGCUGUCCAGGAAGGUGCAGUCGCUGCAGUCGGAGUUGCACUUUAAAGAAGCCGAGAUGAAUGAAAUGAGAGGGAAACUUCGGAGCGUUGAGCGUGGAGGAAAGCAGCCCGGCACACCUGCGCGAAACAUUAUUCACUCUCCUGCAAGGGGAGCGUUCAUGACUAAGGAAAACUUUGCCGCCGAGCUCUCCAAGAAAACAUCUCCUAUCAAAAAAGACCAUCUAUUAGAGGAUGGGAAACCAGCGCAGCCCAAACGUUUCCUCACAGAAGAGCCACAGUCAGACCAAACCCUCAGAUCUGACCAUCGACAGGAAGGCUGUGUGUUGUUGAACCUACUGCUGCAACAACCGUUGGAUCCGAGCACUUUGGGUCUGUGUCACCUGCUGUCCAUCAGUCCUGCCGCUCUACCAAACGUCCUGUCACAGAACGGCUACGUCAGCUCGGGAUCAUUGACGACUUCCAGCUCGUCCUCCACAGAAUUCCGAUCGAUUCAUUGUCCUCAAGCUCGAUUCCACCAGCUGCAGAGUCUCGCUAUGUCUGCUCUCACCGCAUUAACUCUCCAGCCCUCCACGAGUGUCCCACGUAACCCAGAUGCUGCUCUCCAAACCUGCCCGGCCGCGGUGCACUUCCUCCCCCUGCUCACCUUCCACAUCAGCACGUACUGUCAGUCGCUGGAGUCCGUCGAGAGCUCUGCGAAAGCCUCGCUCCAUGGCAGCUCCCUGUCGGGAUCUUCCGACUCCAGCCUGGCCUUGAGUCUGGAGGAAUCUCUCAGCGGUCAGGAGGAGUUUGCCCUGGCAGCCAUGCAAGCCCUCUAUCACAUAGUGUGCUACAGCUGUGAGGCUUUGGAGAUGGUUCUGUGCCAUCAGGACGGAGAGAUUUCCCUUAACCGGCCGCAGUGUUCGAAGAAUCUCCUCAGCGCCUCUGAGCAUCUCACCGGGGAGGUGCAAACCCAGCUGCCUCUUCUCAGGAGACUCCUACAGUUGGCUGAUCCAGCGUUCAUUACCGCCGCUGGCCAGAGGGAGGCGCUAGUAAACACUAGUUUGAAGACUCUUAGCAGGCUGGCCGAGAGAGCGCAGGAGAACCAGCUCUUCAGACUCCAGGUUGUCGUGUCGAGUCAAGUGUUGUCCAAAUGCAUGACUCUGGAGACGUCCUACAGAAUAGUCCAUCUGUCUGUGAGAUUUCUGUCGUUUAUCAUCUAUAAUGAAGAGAUGGCCACAAAACUCUGCUCACAUGAAUAUCCAUGUCCUUUUCUCAAAAUAUUCCAGUACGUCACCUCUAGACCGCAGAAAUCCACCUCAGAAGAUAUGUGGAGUCGUUUUGAACUUGAGGUCAUCCGGUUUUUAACCAAACUGUUCACACAGAAGGCAGAAACAUGGACAGCUUUUUGUGAAUCAUCCUGCCAGUGUAUUAAUGAGGUGGUGCGGACGAUCGUUGUGCUUUUACACAGGCAGUGGCUGAAAACAAAAGGCAGAGGAAGUCAAACGCUGAGGAAUCGGACCUGGACGAGUCCUGGAUUACAGGUACUGCGAGAAGCUCUGAUGUUACUGCACUGGCUGCUGUUGAAGGACUCGUCCUUUUCCGAACACUGUCUGGACGUCCUGCACAUGUACGAUCAGGUCAUUCCCGCCAUCAGAGACACGUUCCGUCUGGUCCCAGAUCUGUCCGAGAGCGAAGAACUGGCUCUGGAGGAGAUCUGCAGAUCUGAAACGGAGUACGUUGAAGACAUGGAUAUGGAGACGGGGUCAUAAUGAUCUAAUAUAAAGUCAAGUUUUGUAAUGAAAAAUGUUCAGUGUGUCCCCUCAGAAACAUUGUUUGUCUCUUGUCCUCAGAUUUUGUCACUCUUUUUAAGACUGAGCACUAAUGACUUGAAUUAAAGAAUUAAUUCUGUCA